AUGGGGUUCGUACAACGCCUCGCAAAGCGAGCCCCAUAUUUAACCGCGGCCCCUGCUUUUGACAAUGUCUCGAACGAAAAGGGCGUCAUAAUACCCAGAUUCGCCUUCUUCAAGCGGCGGAUACGACUCCGAAGGAACUCUGCCAUUUCAAUACCACUGGGCUUCGUUCUAUUAUUUCCUUGUAUUGUAAUAGUUCUUGUAUUCCUUCUCAUCAUCACUCAUCCUUCUUCUUCAGGUCGAAUUUUGUUGCCGGCUGGAACCCCUCCGUCAAUCAGAAAAAUCAGCGAAAAACAUGAUAAAGUUUUUGCUACUGGUUGUCUUGAAAUGGACACCAGUACUCCAAGAGCAAAUGCCGCAUUUGUAGUCUUGGCAAGAAAUAAGGAAUUAGAUGGCGUGAUUCAAUCCAUGAAAUCUAUUGAACGACAUUUCAACAGAUUCUACAACUAUCCUUAUGUGUUCCUAAAUGACGGGGACUUCGACCAGAAUUUCAAAGAUACGAUUGCCAACUAUACAAGUUCUUCUGUGGAAUUUGGUAAAAUUGACUCUUCCAUGUGGGGAUACCCUGACUGGAUCGACCAUGAAGUAGCCAAGGAAGGAAUUAGAAAGCAAGGAGAUGCUGCCAUUAUGUAUGGUGGCAUGGAGAGUUACCACCACAUGUGUCGGUUUUAUUCUGGAUUCUUCUACAAGCACGAGCUCCUCAUGAAAUAUGAAUGGUACUGGCGCCUGGAGCCAGAUAUCAAAUAUUUCUGUGACAUCACCUAUGAUCCAUUCCUCAAAAUGAUCGAGCAUAAUAAAACAUACGGGUUUACUAUUGCUGUUAAAGAGCUCAGGGAAACGGUCCCGAACCUCUUCCGUUAUGCUUCCGCCUACAAGAGAACAAAAAAUAUUACAUCCCAGGGUUUGUGGGAAAUGUUCCUGGAAGAUCCCCCGGAGCCGAAGGAACCAGCCAAGGAAACUCCAGAGUAUGAGCCAUUGCCAGAUGAAAUCCUGCAGACGCAACCAGGCAACGGAGCCAUUGAAGACAUCGACCCUGAAGCUAUGGAAGGAGAAAAGUAUAACAUGUGCCAUUUCUGGAGUAAUUUUGAAAUCGCUCGACUUGAUUGGUUCCGUAGCAAGGAGUACGAGGACUUCUUCAACAUGAUGGACAGAAGUGGUGGAUUUUGGAUGGAACGAUGGGGUGAUGCACCGAUCCAUUCACUUGCGGCUGGUGUCUUACUCGCACCCAAAGACAUUCAUUACUUCCGAGAUUUUGGAUAUCGACACACAACCAUCCAGCAUUGCCCGGCCAACGCCCCUGCCCGUCAGCAGGACAGGAUUCCUUAUCUCGAAAUGACCACUUUGGAUGAGAAAAAACGACAAGAAGAAGACGAGUACUGGGACGUACCAGACACACCGAAAGAAAAUGGAGUGGGUUGCCGGUGUCGAUGCGACACGGAUAUUGUAGACGUGGAAGGCAAACCAGGAAGUUGUCUAGCAGAAUGGGUCGAAGUUGCUGGAGGCUGGGCAUCUCCAUAA